AUGGGGUUGACUCCAUUGCAAUGGGACAGCAAGCUUGCAAACGUUGCAAAAUGGUGGGCAAACCAGAGGAGAGGAGACUGUGCAUUGAUUCAUUCAACAAACAACUAUGGUGAGAAUAUCUUUUGGGGUGCAGGGAAAAAUUGGCAGCCAGCUGAUGCUGUGACUGCUUGGUUUGCAGAGAGAGCUUACUAUAAUUAUCAGACAAAUUCAUGUCAAUCUAAUGAGGAUUGCACUCACUAUACACAGUUGGUUUGGAGACAAACUUCUAGGAUUGGGUGUGCUAAGGUUAUUUGUGAAAGUGGGGAUACUUUUAUUACAUGCAACUAUGAUCCCCAUGGUAAUGUACUGGGUCAGAAGCCAUAUUGA